AUGGCUUCUGUCUCGGAAAAGAAGGAGUCAGCCGAGGCUCCCACCACCAGCCAACCACGAUUCGCUAGCAAUGAGAUCAAUGCUGAUGAAGCCGAUAUGGCUCUGGCGGCCAUGGGCUACAAACCUGUCUUCAAAAGAGAGUUUGGCCUGUGGUCUGCCUUCAGCUUCGCCCUCAGUAUCUCUGGUCUGUACGGCACAGUGAUGACGACUUACUCAUAUCCCCUCUACGCUGGAGGUGCCCCUGCUGCCGUGUGGUGCUGGCUCAUUGCUGGCAUCGGUGCAAUGUGUCUUGCCUUGUCUAUCUCCGAGGUGGCCUCGGCCUACCCUACUUCUGGUGCCAUGUAUUUCACAAUCAAAUACCUCGCCCCGGAGAAAUACGUGCCCAUCAUUGCCUGGAUCGACGGCUGGCUGAACUUGAUUGGCCAAAUCUGCGGCAGUGCCUCGUCUUCUUACGGAGCUGCACAGAUGCUGCUCGCUGCUGUGUCUAUUGGUUCCGACUUCUCCUACACUCCCACCCAAGGACACAUCAUUGGGGUCAUGGCCGCGCUGUCCAUCAUGCACGCUACUGUCAACUGUCUGAACACGGCUUGGCUCGCCAAGAUUGCGAGGACCUAUGCAGUCAUCCACAUUGCUGUGCUUUUUGCCUGCUGCGUCUCACUGCUCGUCCUGCAGAAGGACAAGAACUCGGCCAAAUACGUCUUCACCGAUGUGCAGCCCGACUCUGGCUGGACACCGCCCGGCUUCAGCUUCCUGUUCGGAUUCCUCUCCGUCGCCUGGACAAUGACCGAUUAUGAUGCGGCCGCCCACAUCGCUGAGGAGACCAAGAACCCUGCCAUCACUGUUCCGACUGCCAUUUCGAGUGCUCUGGGCUUCACCUAUGUUGUCGGGUGGCUGUUCAACAUUGUGCUGGCCUUUUGCAUGGGCCCACUAGACCUGACCUCGAGGGACCCGUCCAGGAACAUCCUCGCCAGCGUCAUCGAGCAGCCUGUCGUCCAGAUCUACUACAAUGUGAUGGGCAAGGGCCCUUCCAUCUUCUUCGCCGUUGCGGCCUUCAUCAUCAUGAACUUUGUGUGCAUCACCGCCCUCCAGGCAGGCUCGCGGACCAUCUGGGCCUUCUCACGAGACGAGAUGCUGCCCGGUAGUAGGAUCUGGUAUAAGAUCUGGAAGAAGACUGACACCCCUGUCCUGGCCGUGUGGCUGUACACCCUGAUCUGCAUCUUGAUUAAUCUCAUCGGCCUGGGCAGCUACGUUACCAUCUCCGCCAUCUUCAACCUCUGCGCCAUCGCUCUCGACUGGUCCUACUGCAUCCCCAUCCUGUGCAAGUUGUUCUUCAACAAGUUCGAGCCUGGCCCAUGGUCCCUGGGCCCAGCGAGCGUCUUCAUCAAUGCGUGGGCCUGCUGCUGGACUGCGUUUGUCUCUGUCAUCUUCUUCUUCCCAACUGUUAUGCCCGUUGCCGCUGAUACGAUGAACUACGCGAUUGUGAUCAUGGCGUUCGUCUUCAUCUUGUCAUUCUCGUACUGGUUCAUUGCAGGAAAGAAGUAUUACACUGGACCCCGCACGCACGCACACAUUGUCAACGGUGUCAUCAUCAAAGACCCGAGCGAAUCAGACGUCAACGACAGAGAGAAGGCUGUCACUGUGGAGUAAAAAAAGAGAGGAGAGAGAGAGAGGGACAGAGAGAGAGAGAGAGAGAGAGAGAGAUGCAUUUGGAUUGAAAACUCAGCGGGCGGGUUUGGGUUGGUGCGAGACCUCAAUUCGAUGUCAUACUGCGUUUACUACAUGGAGAACUUCUGUAGCCACAAAAGAGCAAUCCUCCAACCAAGAAAAAAACUCGUAGGCUCGAGUUGAAAAUGACUUUGACGACGAGUGUGCUCAGAUUUUAGUUACUCAAAAGCGUCCAUCUUGUCACGAUGGCACUGC